AUCAGAUAUGCUUGUUAAAGAUAAAACUUUCUUCGUUACGGGUGGGGCUAGUGGACUCGGUCUUGCUAUAGUGGAAGAGUUGCUCCAACACGGAGCGAAUGUUGUUAUCAUCGAUUUGAAGGAAAAGCCUGUAAAAGCUUUGACGAAUGAGAAUAAAGUUCUCUAUGUUAGUGCAGACGUAACUUCUGAGGAAAAAAUUACGAAAGCAAUAAAGGCAGGAGUGGAUAAAUUUGGAAAUACGAUCGGUGGAUUAGUCAACGCGGGUGGUCUAGCUAUUGCAGACAUGACUGUUAAAUCUGAUGGCACGCCAGCCGAUUUAGAGAUGUUCAAAUAUGUUGUUAAUGUUAAUCUGAUUGGAACGUUCAAUGUGUCGAGACUAGUCGCAUCCCAGAUGGUUAAGCAGCAGCCGGACAAAGAUGGCGAACGCGGCGUCAUUGUUCACAUAUCCUCGACUGCGUCGGAGGAGGGUCAGAUGGGGCAAGUACCUUAUUCAGCUUCUAAAGGUGGUGUUACUAGUAUGACAGUCCCUAUGGCUAGAGAUCUGGCACGAUUCGGCAUACGUGUUCUGUCGGUAGCGCCUGGACUAUGUGAAACUCCGAUGGCCGCACAGUUGCCUGAAAAAGUGGUGCAAGGUAUUAUGAAGAGAAUUGAAUUUCCCAAACGACCGGGCAAACCAAAAGAGGUUGCCGAAUUAAUAAUCCACUUGAUCCAGAAUACUUAUAUGAACGCAACGCAAGUCAGAAUCGAUGGCGGAGCUAGGCUUUGA